UCGUAAACAUUGCAAUUUUUUGUUAUAUGAAAAGUUUUCUGGGUAAUUAUAAUGGAGUCAGGAGAUGCACAGCUGCAUCCUAACUGGUGGGCACUGGCUAGGGUAAACUUUCCGCUAAAACGUUUCGUUCGUGGGCUAGAAUUGCAGAGCAAUGAAGCUAAUCAAGACCAACACCAAAGUUCUCUACCAUGUGAAAUGGACGGCGUGGAAGUGCAAAAGUUUUAUGAGGAACUAACAGAUAAAUUUACGAGCAACCAAUCAGUUAUCACUACGCUACCGGUUGAUUGCCAAUCAAUCAGCAAAAAGGGCCAAUCUUUAAAAUUUAAUCGCGUUAAAUUUUUUCGAUACGCCACUUCGAAUAACAUAGAAGAAUUAGCGAGGUUCGAUUAUCAGCCCAAUGAUGUCAAUGCUUGUGAUACGUUUGGAUGGACUGCUCUUAUGAUGGCUGCUUGUGAGGGAGCCAAAAAUGCAGUUCGAAUGCUGCUACAGUUGGGCGCUGACAAAAACAUAAAAGAAAAGUGUGGAAGGACAGCUCUUGAUAUCGCAAAGCAAAAAGGCCACGAAGACAUUGCAGUUUUAUUGAAAAGAGGACUUGAAUUUGAAAUAUCGAGGGUUGAUGAAAAACGCAGUCCUUCUGACCAUCCAACUCAGGCUUUUUAUUGCUCCAUCUGCGCUCAAACUUUCUCGGAUACAACUCGCCUUCAACAUCAAACAUCCACACUUCACCAAUUUAAUACGAAGUCCACUAAAAGCAAACACAAGCUGGAUAAAUUCAAUAUUUCUUCAAAAAAUCGUGGUCUACAAAUGAUGGUAAAACAAGGUUGGGAUAAGGAAAGCGGAUUGGGGCCAACAAAAGACGGCAGGUUAUAUCCCAUUAAAACCGUAAUACGGAAGAAACGAACAGGGCUCGGAACCGAUCAAGAGCCUGCGCGUAUAACCCAUUUUGGUGCAAAUGAUUUGGAAGCAGUGAAACACAAUAAUUCAAGCGUGUUGCCUACGAAGAAAAAGCGUUCACGUAACGAUAUUCGUUCAGAAAAAUUACGAGAAUGGAAACGCGAGCGACGUCUUCGGAAAGAACUGAGCUGAUGAAGGGAACAUAAUUG